AUGUUUAAGAGAGGGGCUAGAGUAGGUAUAAGGUAUCUCAAUAUCCAAAGCAGACCUCAACCAUCGAUACCUUACGGAACAGGACAACCAACGCAUGAAACUAGACCUCAUUAUUUACCCACUCAAGGGAAUUUAACUCCUGGUAUAUCAGCCAUGGAGUAUUAUGAACGAAGAUUAGCAUUAUCAAGUCAAUUACCAUAUAAUUCUAUAGCGAUCCUUAUUGGGAAUGAAGUGAAAUAUAGUUCUGGUAGUGUAUUUUAUGAUUUCCAACAGAAUAAUGAUCUUUUUUAUAUGACGGGGUGGUUAGAACCUAAUACGAUUGCUAUUAUUGAAAAAGGUAUUAAUGAUGAAGACGUUAAUUUACAUAUGAUUGUUCCCCCUAAGAAUCCUCAAUUGGAAUUAUGGGAAGGUCCAAAAUCAGGAUUAGAAGGAGCUUAUGAUUUCUUUAAUGCUGAUUAUGUGGAAUCAAUUGAUAAUGGAUUAAAAUAUUUACAACUGAUUGUUGCAAAGUCAAAAUAUAUAUAUUGGGAUGAUCCAACAUCUACAAGUAGUACAUCAACUAAGAAACCAGGAUUAUUUUCAUCAUUAUUUUCAUCGAUCACAGGAGAUAAGAAUUCGAUUAUUAAUGUGAUUAAUAAAUCAGGUAAAGUGAUUCAACCAUUAACUUCUAAAAUAGCUGAACAAAGAUCUAUCAAAUCAGAUUCAGAAAUAAAUGUUAUGCAUGCUUCUGGUCAAAUAUCAAGUAGAGCUAUAAACAAAGCUAUUGCUAAAGUUGGAUCUGAUAAACCUCAUUUGACGGAAAAGACAUUAGCUAAAUAUUUAGAUUAUCAAUUUGUUAAAGGAGGAUGUGAUAAACAAGCCUAUAUCCCUGUGGUAGCCAGUGGUCCUAAUGCAUUAACUAUCCAUUAUACUCGAAAUGAUGAUAUCUUGUAUCGAGAUGAGAUGGUUUUCGUUGAUGCCGGAGGUAAAUUAGGAGGUUAUUGUGCUGAUAUCUCUCGAACUUGGCCCAAUUCUCCUUCAGGAUUUACAGAACCACAAAGAGAUUUAUAUGAUAUUGUAUUGAAUACUAAUAAGAAAUGUAUUGAAAUGUGUGAUGAAUCCAAAUAUCAUUCUUUACAUGAUAUUCAUGAGUUUUCAGUUAAGUUUUUACAACAAGAGUUAAAGAAUUUACCGGGAUUUUCAGCUGUAACCAAUAGUGAAAUAUCUCGUAUCCUUUAUCCUCAUUAUGUGGGUCAUCAUUUAGGAUUAGAUUUACAUGAUAUUCCAUCUGUAUCUCGAUUUAAGAAGUUGGUUGAAGGAAAUGUCAUAACCAUUGAACCAGGUUUAUAUAUCCCUGUUGAUUCAAAAUGGCCAAAACAUUAUCAAGGAAUUGGAAUUAGAGUUGAAGAUGAUAUAGUGGUUGGGAAGACUAAUGAUGAGAUUUUUAAUUUAAGUAGUGGAUGUAUUAAAGAAGUGGUUGAUAUUGAAGCUUUGAUAUCAAAUGGAGAGAUUACAACUCCUGGGGUUGAUGAUGAAUUAUUAAUAUUGGAUAUUUGA